AUGUCGACUGAGGAGAAUCGGAUGAAGCCCGGCAGGAUACUGAAUUUGACUUGUACUUUCAAAGAGCCGAAAGGGUUCCGUCGAACCGGUGGUAGAAAGAAGGCAGCCAACCUCGGAGACAGAGUACUCCGAGGGACGGCAAUAGCACGGCUCAGUCAACCACAGUUGAGCCCUCCGAGCAAUGAAGUCGGUAACCUACCCGGCUCGAUAGCGCAGGUUCUGUCUCCGCUAGUGAUGCUCGAUCUGGGAUUGUCAGUGACUGUUCGAGUAGGGAAGCUGGCGGGAUACGCUGGGGUCAUUGGUGGUCCUGUGAGGAUGGGGGAUAACAUACCCGUCACGCUGACGGUCAUGGUGGACAGUCGUGGCUUGAAGGCUACUGCCGACAAGAGACAUCUGGCACGAUUUUUUGAAGUCGCGGCCGACCAAGAGGGAGUAUUUGAUAAGCUUAGAGACUGCUGGUGGUCCCUUGUCACGGAUGAGGAAUGCCUUGGACUGAAGCCUACGCGAGCGGCUAGUUGGAACAUAACCGACGCUAAGGCUGUAUCAUCUCCCGAUACGGAGUCCCUGCCAUCGCCUGCAGCUGAUGGUACCGAGAGCGAGGAGGUCGAAGAGACAGAGGGGGAGAUGUCUGCUCAAAUGCAGGAGGUCCUCAAGGCUCGUGAUGGGUCCAUUGAGUAUCUUGCGCGUUUGGACCUACCUCAAAUGUACCCUCCGCCAGGCGUCAUGGCGUGUGACCUCAAGCCUUACCAAGUCCAGGCUCUAGGAUGGAUGAUGAAGAGAGAAUGGCCCGCUGAAUGUGGUGGCCUCCCUGAAGAAGCCAUCGAGCUCUACACUGAUCCUAUCGAUGCUCAUCAUUGUGCUGUUGUCGAUAAGCAAGAGGUCGCUCUACAUCCCUCUUGGGCAGAGUUCCCUACCCUGGACCCCAGCACCAAGCUGUAUCUACAUGCAUCGAGGGCUGAAGCCUCAGUAGAAUUCCCUGGUGCCGCGCCAGACUGUCUGGGAGGAAUUCUUGCGGAUGAAAUGGGUCUGGGGAAGACUAUCAUGGCUCUGUCUCUCAUCGCGACAGACCGAUGGCUGCUAGAUCGGGGUGUGAGUCUUCAACCCAAGACAUCGGGGAAGGGAGCUGUGAGUCAUUGUCGACUGAGUACCAAAGCUACUCUCAUCGUCGUACCUCUCUCACUACUAAACCAAUGGCAGAACGAGGCAGUCGAGCAUAUGGGCGAUGUGGAGACAUUUGGUAAGCCUUUCCAAUACUACGGAAACGAUAGGAUACGCAGUCCUGAGGAGCUAGUCGCAGUAGCAGAGAGGGCCGGCCUCGUGAUGACCACCUACGGCGUCGUCACACGGGAUGGACCGGACAUCAUGAAAGUGGGCAGACCUGUUCCCUUCCUCCUGAACUAA